AUUUGAUAUUUGAAGAUAUCGGGAAGCAAGAGACUGUUUCCACUGUUGUCAAAUGGGCUCAAAGUGUAACUAACUACAUCUACAAUCAUGGUUGGGUACUGGCUGAAAUGAGGAGCAUCACGAAGGGAGAUUUGAUUCGACCGGGUAAAACUCGAUUUGCGAUAAAUCACAUUGCCAUCGACAAUAUUUUGAAGAAGAAAUCUGAUUUGAGAAAAUUGUUUACAAGUAGCGCAUGGAAUGAGAAUGCAGCGAGCAGGACCAGAGAUGGCAAAAGGAUAGAAAAAAGAGUCCUCGAUGGGACAUUUUGGGAUGGCAUGGAAGCAGUCCAUAAAAUUUAUAAGCAAUUGUAUGAGAUUCUUCGAAUUGUUGACACAGAAAUUCAGCCAACCAUGCCCAUAUUAUAUGAUAUGUUUGAAAGAGUGAAACAACAAAUAUCACAGAUGAGAGGAAAGAAAUGGGUGCUUAAAAUCAUCAAUGAUCGAUGGGAUAACACAUUAAGUCAACCAUUGCAUGCAGCAGCACAUUUCUUAAACCCAAAUUUUCAUUAUCGACAUGAUGUUGGUUAUAGCCCACGUUUCACAAACUCUCUGGCAACAGUUGUCGAACAAUUUAAUAUAAAUGGAGAAAUUGCGGAUACAUUUGUGGAUGAGGUAACUUCUUAUUGA